AUGCCCUGUCCUCUGUGCCUGGUCCUCCUGCUGAUGGGAGUCUUCUUGGCAGUCUCCCAGCCAGCCCUGGCCCAGCCGGAUGCAUUGCUGGUCUUCCCAGGCCAAGCUGCUCAACUCUCCUGCACACUCAUCCCCCAGCAUGCCAACAUUGCAGACUAUGGAGUGUCCUGGUACCAGCAGCGGGCAGGUAGUGCCCCUCGGUACCUUCUCUACUACAAUUCGGAGGAGGACUUCCACCGGCCUGAUGAUACCCCUGAUCGAUUCUCAGCUGCCAAGGAUGUGGCCCACAAUGCAUGUAUCCUCACCAUCAGCCCAGUGCAGCCUGAGGAUGACGCUGAUUACUACUGCUCUGUUGGCUACAGCUCUGAUCCCUAG